GUUUCGCAGCGCGGGGGUAUGUCGGUACCAAUAUACCUUGUGACUGUGUGAAGGGGCUCAUUGACAACUGUUACAUACCACUACUUCGACUCCCUUUUGAGCUGAUACCAGGAGUUGGGUGCUUACUUGAUAUUUACGACAUCUCUAAAAUCGACAAGUCAUCAUCGGCAGUGUCUGUGGCAACAACAGCAGCAAGCUAUGCCUUGGAUUGUGGAUUUGGGCUGUCCUGCCCCGUCUGUCCCUUUCUCUUCAAAUAUCUGAACUGUCUUGACGGACUCUCCCGAACUUGUAAAGGUAGUGGACGAAAGCGGCGGGAGGUCAACUCCGAACUUGUGCUUGCAAUGGAGGAGUCCAGAAACUAUCUCAAGAACUUCGUUGAUGUUUCUGUAGAAAUAUUUGGUAAUCUCAGUGUUGUUGACAUUAAGGGCGAGUGGAAACAGGCCUUCUUUAAAGGAGUGUCAGAAAACAGCCCGUCCCAAUACCUCCUGGAUAACAGUGAAGCUGACACCAUACUACAACUCGUGGUUGUAGACCACCAAGCUGUUAUAAAUACAUUUCUACAACGAUGGAACAACACAUUUUCAGCGUGGAAAGACGGAAGUUCAGAUGUUUCAGAAUCAAAUGUCAUGUCACUGCAAAAUGUGAGGACCCUUGGAGACACCUUCAUGGACAAUACAAAGACUGUUAAAGACAAAGGAUUUUCAAGUGUUUUCCAAUAUUUUGGUUACGUAAUGGAAGAAUAUAAGAAAAGUGUCCAAGAGGCAAAACCAGAAGAAGGAAUCUGUGCCAAAGUAAGAAUUCGGAUUACCCAGGACCUUGUGUUGACCAGAGAUGCUUUUCAAGCAAGAUUAGAGAUAGAAAAUGGUGAAGAGGGGUCGCUGGAAAAAAUUGAUGUGGACAUUAUCAUAACCAGAACUGGCGGAAAUGGAUCUCUGGAAAAUGACCUCUUCUCUAUUGGUCAACCAGUGUUAGAGGGGAUCAGUGACGUGUCUGGAACUGGAACUUUAGCCACCGGGGUCAAGGGUUCAGCUGACUGGUUGAUUGUAGCUUACAAAGGUGCAGCUGUGGAUGAAGAUGUCAACUAUGAUGUUGGAGGCACUUUAUCAUAUUUUGUGGGUGAAAAGGAAUUCAACGUCCCCCUUUUACCAGACACAAUAACUGUGAAGCCGAAUCCAAGUCUAACGCUUGGCCUACUUCCAUGAAAAAUAUGUUCAAGGCGAUGAUCCUAUGACACCCCAAGUGGAACCGGUUGUUCCGUUCCCCCUUGCAGUAAUGGUAACUAAUAAGGGUAAUGGGAUCGCACGCCAUGUGAAGAUAUCCUCUGGGCAGCCGGAGAUCAUAGAAAAUGAAAAAGGAUUGCUUGUGUCUUUUAAAAUCACCAGUGCUCAGCUGGGGAUGGAAUCCAUCCAACCAUCACUAACUGUUAACUUUGGUGAUAUCAUCAGUCGCGAGACCAAAACAGCUCGAUGGUGGAUGACGUCAUCACUUAAGGGCAGGUUUUAUAACUAUUCGGCCACAUUUGAAAAUAUAAACCCACUGGGUGAUCCCCAGCUGUCUGUGUUCGAAUCCAUAUCCUACCAUGACAUGAUCCAUCAGGUUAGAAUUGAUACCGUAGGUGAAGAUAACAUGGAUGAUUUUCUUGUCAAUGACCUUGUUGAUAAGGACAAUCUCCCUGACAGACUCUAUGACAGCUCCAAUGGGUUUUAUUCAUAUCCUGUAGGUUCUGUAUCAGAAAUUGGAUUUUCGAAAACAAAGGAGGAAUUCCGAGGAAGAAAGAAGUACAUAUAUGUUGAGGUUCGGGUUCCACAAGUUAAUGAGUCUUGGGUAUAUGCGCGGGCCAUCAAUAACAUAACGCGAGAUGUAUCAUCAGAAUCUCUGCUCAAAGUGACAAAACAUGAUGGAAAGAAUAUACUUAUUCCUCAGAAUUCCUGGCUGACUUCUCAUUAUGAGAACAAAUUUUACUUCCAUCUGUUUGACAACAAUGACCACCUAUCUAACGUAUCUGUUUAUAAUGCUGUUUUUGGCCCGAAAAAUAUGUAUCCACCAGUAUUUCAAAAUAUUCCACGCACUUUAGAAAUAUCUCCACUGGGGCCUUACAGUGUCAUCUUGACUGCAACAGCAACAGAUCUGGACAUGAAUAAUGUCUCAUACAGAAUUGAAAAUGGAAGUAUAUUUUCUGUUGAUGAACGGUCUGGGAUUAUACGAAAUAUACUGCCUCUAGUAGACGGGGAGACCUACAACAUCACACUGCUGGCAUUUGACAAUGGUAUUCCUUCAAACUCAGCAAGUACAAACAUAACCAUAACGGUAUCUGCCCUGGUAUCCACAGAGAGCACAACAUCUACAACCGUGACUAAGGAUGUAACAUCGAAAAUAGCAUCUACCAUGUCAGCGACUCCUGUUUCUAAUGACACAAGUGGCCUUACCUCUGCUUUACCCACACCGGUCACUGGUAACGAAACAUCAUCACUAUCAACACCAAGAGCAGUCACUACUGACUCAAACAUUGCUUCCACCACAGGCUCACCUGUACCAGCGUGUGGUGUGAUACCUGUCGCUAUGAUCUUGUUACUUGCAACCUCGCUACUGGCUUCAUGUUGUGUUGUUAACUAAUUUUUUCAACUUGAUGUAUUCAUUCCAUUGACAUUUUGUUUUACAACUGUUACAGGCAAAUGAAAACAUGUAUUUGUAAAGUAAAAAGUAUUUGUGUAUAACAAAUGACAAAAUGCAUAUAUACUGACAUUCUCAAGAUUUUGUUUGACGUCUUCUCCGUUUAUUCCUAUCUUCUAUGCGAGGGUAACUAGCUUGACAAAUGCUCCUAUUCUAAAUUGACGUGGAACGUAUAUGGUCAUUAUCUGAUAAUUUUGUACAUACGUUUACAUUUUCAUGACAAGCAAUUACACAUAAUAUGUCACAUUCAGUGAUUUUGAUAUAAUCUAUCAUUCAUUUGAGUAAAUUUGUUCUUCUGAGGGGCGGCGGGGUAGCCUUGUAGUUAAAGCGUUCGCUCGUCACGCCGAAGACCUGGGUUCGAUUCCCCAUAUGGGUACAAUGUGUGAAGCCCAUUUUCUGGUGUCCCCCGCCGUGCUAUUGCUGGAAUAUUGCUAAAAGCGGCGUAAAACUAAAUUCACUAACUGGUCUUCUGACUUUAUAUUUCUCAGAAAAGAACAGGGUACAUACGUCAUUAUACGUUCUCACAGUUGUGCACAUUUCCGUAUACUAGUAUAACAUUACUGGUUAAUGUGUUGUUUUUUAAGGAUGUGUUCAAAUGUUUGAUAGUUUGGAGUUUUUCUAAAGUGUGAUCAUGUAAAUAAUACUGUGAUAGUGUACUUGGUGACCUUUAUGCAUAUAUCAACUUGUUUUAUGUUUGUUUGGGAUAGUUGUAUUCUGGUUUGAGUUGCAAACGUGUUUGUUAUACUUUAAUGUAUGAACGUAAAUGUCAUAUAAGAUACGUUGUUUCAUAAAUGCCCCAAAGGGUCUAUGUUCGGCCUUAUUUAAUAAACCAGAACAGUAAUAUUUAAUACAGUAACACGUUUUAUAAUUGGUUUAUGUACUUUGCACGUCUUAUCCGGUAAAGUUACAUUGUGGAUGUAUAAAUUGAUUGCAUAUACUUGUAUAUAUUUCUACGAUCCGGUGAAUUUAUAUAAUAACAAUAAUGUUAUUUCAUGAUUUAUUUUGUCAUUUCUGAUCAUAUAAAAACGUAUGAAUAAAUUACCAGCUUGCAUAACCAAAUA